AUGCUUCCAAACGGGUUUUCCUCUAAUCCGCUUAAUGGAUUGUUCUCCGCACAGAACGAAAGCUCGUCGAUUUUUGGCUCGGCGGAUGCAGCAUUUAACACUGGUCAGGACGUCAGUCAGCCAUUGAGGCCCCUGUGUCUACAGCAGAAUGUCGUCACUGCUUCUUCCAGUCUUAACUUGGGUGCGGAGGACAGGUCUAGAACAAAUCUUAUAAUAAAUUACCUGCCGCAGAGUUUUGAUCAAGUUGAUCUACAGCGUCUUUUUGAGCGUCUCGGACCUAUUCGUCAGUGCAAACUGAUCAGGGAUAAAAAUACGGGUGCAAGUCUUUGUUAUGGUUUUGUCGAUUACAUCAAUCCUCACCAUGCCCAAUUGGCUAUUUCUACCUAUCAUGGUUUUGAGACAGAAGGAAAGCGUCUUCGUGUCGCUUUUGCAUGCUCUGGUGGUCGUAAAUACGGGUCUGCACGUAGUAAUGAUGUCUCUCCAGAUAGCAACAAUGAAAACAUUAUUGGCUGGGAGUUGUACGUUUUCGGGCUUCCGAUGGAUAUAGGCGAAGCGGAUUUAGUGAAUCUGUUUUCGUUCUUCGGAAGUGUGCUCAACAUGCGAGUCCUAACAGUAACUGAUUUGCAAAGGCUGCCGCCCAGUGUCAGCUCUGUCGCUGCAGACAUUAUCGCAAGUGUGACGGACGGCGUAUUUGGUAAUGGUCCUCCGGCCAGGUACAAGACUGUUUCGGUCAUUUUUGAAGAAAAACAAAGUUGUGAUGCCGCCAUAAACCGUCUUCACGGGUGUGUCAUCGGGGACGGUUCAGUGGCUCUUCGUGCACAUAUUGCUGGACCAGUCACUAGAGAAACCUGUACAAUGAUGCUUUUAAACUCUCGUCAAAGUGGUACGUCGCGUUCGACUCCAUUUAUACCCAGUGUAUUAUCAGAAAGGAUAUCUUCUCUCGGAAUCUCGUCGAAUUCACAUCGCAUUCACCCGCUUCGUAUUUUUAAUACUAACGAAUCUAAUGAGAAUUCGGUUCCUUUAUCCUCGCAUAAUCGAUCUCUUGUUAGGAGCAGAGCUGGUGGUAUACUCAACAUUACUGAAAAUUCGGACUUCUCGGAAAUUUUUGAUGGACCCAUGUCGAGUGGCCAAAGUCGUAAUUUUGUUGAUAAUCUGUCCACGAAAGUGGAUAACAGCAUAAUUGAACGUCCGAGUCUCGCAAUGAAUAAGGGCGACUCGAGCAUUUGGUCGAACUUAGGUGCUCCGUCGACCAUGGAUCUAUACAGACCCUCACGUUCGUUGGAUGUCUCAUUGUCUCGCAGGUUAUCAAUAGUUACACCGAUAAUCAGCAGUUCCUACCUCUCACAUGCCUUGGUGCAAAGCGGGGGGCGUGGAUCUGUCGACCUAAAGCUAGAGUUCCUUCAACCCACCGGUUCUGUUACUCUUCGAGCUAUGGAUUUUGUCAUUAAAAAGCUUGCUUCGCAAGGUGCACAACAGAUUGUCUGCCCUACCACUGGUAACGCCGGCGUUGCUGCGGCCGUAGUAGCACAGGUCUACAGUAUUGCGUGCACCGUAGUUGUUCCAGAAUCCGAUGUAUUUACGAAGAAGCGCCUCUCUGUGGAGGCUCCAUUAGCGAAGUUGGUUAAGUCUGGCAACUCGUUUGCCGACGCAGUUCAUAAAGCCGAGCAGAUUGUCAGCGAGGGGAAUCAAUCUUUCAGUGCGGUUGGUGAUCCGAUUCCCGUAAAAUUGGUCCAUCCAUACGAGACACCAGAUCUGUGGUGUGGUUAUGAGAGCAUUGUUGAGGAAAUGACUGUCCAACCGGACAUCAUUAUUAUUCCAACCGGUGGUGGAGCUCUACUUAGUGGUGUGAUUCAAGGCCUCUGGACCCGUGGUUGGUCGACUACUCAUGUUAUCGCUGUGGAAUCCGAGGGUUGCGACUACAUCGGUCGUGCUGUUGGUAACUUUCGCUCGUUGCCUUCAAUGCCCGGAUCAACAUCUACCAUUGUUUCGACGCUCUCUGUAUCACUUCCGCUUCUUCGAGCUGUGAAUAUGUGUCAUUGUCAUCCCAUUACAGUCGUGACUUGCACUGAUGCUGACGCCGUUGGUGCAGUAAGGAGGUUCCUUGACGAACAUGGUUUUCUUGUUGAUCCCGCUUCUGGUGUUGCUUUGGCAGCUGUUUACAGCGGUUCUGUGGCAAGAUUGCAGUCCGACGGUGUGAUUCCCCGCGUAGCUAGAAUUUGCAUUCUCGUUACUGGGGGCAGAAAUAUUUCACUUGAGCACCUUGCCGAGAUGGAGAAAACAAUCAAAGCAAAUCAAGUCGUGAAUGGCUCUAGGCUGUUUGGUUUUUCUCAAAAUCAACCAUUCUUCGCGGCGGAGUCGUUGUUAGCUGAGUUGGACAAUGAUGGUGAUGACGCUGGUAUGGACUCACGUACUGCGUCGUCAUCUGCUGAUACGAAUUCGGAGAACAGCAAGUCGGGGAAUACCGGUGAGGUGCAGACGAUCGCAGUGUGA